CUAGCAACGCGGGCCACUUCCCUCAGCGCCGAGACAUGCACCUCUCGCGAGAGUUGGUUUCGGGGCUUUGGCGGGUUCUUCUCAGGGGCAGUUCUAUUAACUCUGCCUGCGGUGGGGCAUUUGGGUCCUUGUGCGAUGUCGCAGGCGGAGCUGUUGGAGGAAAUGAGGCACUGGAGUCCAGACGUGUGUCGGAGAGAGCUGCCGGGAAGUUUAACCAAACUUCUCUCCAUGUAUCAGAAUUCAGAGAGCUGGACAGAGGAUAUUCGGGUAUUUAACCUGCUAACUGAAAUGUUUUUGCCGCAUGUUAGUGUGCUGGAGCUGGAACAGAGUGUGUUAUCAAAAGUUUUGCCAAAGGCUGUUAAAUUAUUUGACAAUUUAGUUCAUGAAAUUUCAAGCCAAGCAUCUGGAUUAUCAAGUCAAAACACAGAUUUGAAAUCUUCAUUGCGAAAUAUAUUGCAGAACAUGGUUCACUGGCUGGGUUCUUUAACUGCAUUUGUCCGACAAGUUUGUUCAUUUGAAGAAUCUUUGAAUUUGGAAAAUGUCCAUUCGCUUCCUAAAUCUGUUCUGCAUGUUCUUAGAACAGCAUUCUGUCACUGUAAGGACAGUGAUUCGUUGUACAGUGGCCGCCUCCAUCUGGUUUCUGACCUGCUGCAAGCUCUCUUCAAGGAAGCCGUUUCUCUUCAGAAGCACAUAAUGGAACUACUAGAUAAAACCAAUGUAAACCCUUUAGGUUUAGAAAAGGAGACUGCUGAUAUGGUAGCAGUGCUGCAUAUGGUUUUAGAAAUUUGUUCAGUUGUGUCUAAAAUGGAUCAUGCUCUGCACGCUAACACAUGGAAGUUUAUUAUCAAACAGAGUCUGAAGCACCAUGCAUCAGUUGAAAGCCAUCUACGUCAUCAUGACAUUGUAAAUGGAUUGUGUGAUGAUAUUCUUCUGUCUUUCCAGUCUUGCCUCCAACUAGCAGAACACAUGCAAGUGUCGGGAUCACAGGAAAACACAGACCAGAAGUUGUUCCAAAAGACUGCAAAACUGUGCCGGUUCUUUGCCAAUUCACUAGUUCACUACACAAAGGAAUUUCUGCCUUUUUUGUCUGGAUCUUGUACCCGCCUGCACCAGCUAUAUAUUCAGAUACACAGUCAGUUUCCCCCAAGUCUGUAUGCAUCACCCAUCUCUGAGGCACACAAGAAUGAAAUUGCUCGCGUUUUUCUGGUGGCUCUCGAUCCUCUGAUUCUCCAGCUUCUUUCUUGCACAUCUUUUGUGGAGUCAGUGUUAGGGGAUUGUUUAGAUCUUCCCCGUGAGCAUAGCUUCCCUCAGUGUAUGCUUUUUAUAAACAUAAUGGACAUACUUCCCACUCAACUGGAAGAUAUUCAGAAGUUAUGGUGCACAGGAAGCAGAAAUCCAGAAGAAAUAACCAGAAAGAACAUAUUUCAAGCUGUGUUCCAUAGCUUCAUGCAGUGCUCUCCAGAGCUCUCUUUACCACUCCGUCUGCAGGGGGUGUCUGUGAAGGGACAAAAUCCACUGGAUAUCACCUUUUAUGAAUAUGUCUGCAAUCACCUUUGUGCUUACAUUGUGUCACUCCCUCCAACUUUCUUUCCUGAACUGGAACAUGCCCUGCUGGAUGCUGUUUUGAGCCACAGUCUUAUGACUUCUCUUCUGGCAAUGGAUACAUGGUGUUUCCUUGCUAGAUAUGGAACAGCAGAACUCUGCGCUCAUCAUGUCCAUGUUUUGGCCCAUGUGGUGAAGUCAUGUCCUGGUGCCAGCCUUCAGAGGUUCCAACUGACUAUGCUGCUUAGACGUCUGCUUUUCUUAAUGGCGGCUGACCACCAGGGAGAAUUUAUCAAAGCGUUUUCUCCUCUCGAAACAGAUAAUUUUCCUGUGUGGGAGCAUCUUUGCCUUAAUGCACUUCCAAAUUCACUGAGUGCACAGAUAAAGCACAACCUCCUUACUGCAGGGAUCUCUCAGUGCAUAAGCUGGCUGAAAGGAUCCUGCACACUUGGAGACUUGCUGCAGUUGAAUGCUUCACUGUCUGCCUUACUGGCUGCAUGCACGUCAUCUGGGGAAACCUUUGAUAAGCAGCAGCAGCAGUCUGAUGUGCUGGGAGUUGUGAGCCAGUUAUGGCCUCUGCUUUCUGCAAAACAGAUUGCCAGUCAGCCCUGUCUGCAGCAUACAUUCUGUGUAUUAUUGGCCUUGCUUGCUUCCACUAUACAAACCCUGGAACCAUCUUUGCUAAUUCAGGUUAUAUCCCUGCUUGCAUCCCUGUUUAAGGAGAACCCUCCAGAUGUUGUGCGACUAGCAGCUCUGGACUUCUUAACUCUUUUGGGAAAUAUUUUUAUCCCUCAGGAUGCACAGGCUGUGGUUCUUCCCAAGUUAUCCAGUUUGUUCUCCGUGCUGCUUGGGGACAGCUUCUGGCUGACCAAACAACAUGCGCUGGAAACAUUCACCCAGUUUGCCGAGGAAACCAGCCAUGAGCAAGUAGUACCAGACAGCCUCACCUCUGAACAUACAAAGAGCCAAGUCAUCGCUUUUCUGAACAAGGCCGUGUCCCCAGCAGAAAGUGAGAGCGCUCGCCUAGAAAGAAUAAAAGGAGAGAGAGGGCUUCUCGCUGAUUUCUUUGUAAAAGCCACACGCAAUAGUGAGCAAGAGACCCCAGAGCCUUUAGCCAAGCGAGCUCGGCCGGCCGACUAUAAUGAGGAGCAAUAUGAAGGCCAUAUUGAGGCUGCAGAGAGAGCAUUCACGGCUGUCCAAUCCCUGCUCCAGAAAAGCACCGCUCCUGCUUGGCUCUCAGAAAAGCUUCAGCACAUCCAAACCCUACUGACUGCUCUACAGCGGAGCGCUCAGGCAGGCCAGCACACAUCAUGCACUGCCAAGACUGUGGGGGAAAAAUAGGAUUUUACGUUUCUAGCCACAAAUGAAGAUUUAUUAUUUAUUGUGGUGAUUAUCACAGCGCGUAUGAUGAUAGAACAAGCAGCCAUGUUACCGGCCGGUAUCUGUCCAACAGUCUGAAGAACUGGAAUUGCUACUCGCCAUUAACUCUAAUGAUCUGAAUUUAUAUUUGUUUGCAAUUUCCACAAUAUUUAUCAUAAAAAAAAUUGGUACAGAAACCAAAACAUUUAAUAGUUGUGCCAUGAACUGUAUGUAUGUAAAUACCUUCCAGUAACCGUUUCCCUACUGUAAAUAUUUUAAUGUUGAUAUCCUGAAAAUAAAUUUCUUUAUAUAAUUAUA